AUGGAUCGCAAUAAUCUCAGCAAGAAGCGGCAAACCCCUGACUGGGUCCACGAGAUGCCCUGUGGAGACAAGAGUCACGCCCACGAGAAUCCCAUCAUCGAGGCCGCUGCACGCGCGAUCUGCCGCCUACCUAAGCUCAUCAUCGCUCGCAAAGUCGAUGAUGUUCACCAGGAAUCACCGGAGCACCGCAACUCUGUUACUCUGGAGAUGGUGGCUCGUGUACAGCUUGAGGCGGAGCGCUUGGUCCUCGAGCAGGAGCAGUGUGAGGUUGUCGAGACCAAGCAGGAGGAGCCGAAGGGCGCUAAGCAGGCCCACCAAGAUCAGAGGGUGCAAGGUGCUCAACAGACCGAUGCGUUGAACACGACCAAGGAUGCUCUCGAGGACGAUGAGGUGGAGGCGGAAGGCGCAGGCGCAGGCGGCGUUAGCGUGGGACAGUUGGAGAAUAGCGCUACCGGCGAAUGGGAGACGUUGGACCUGAAGGACGCAGCGGAGCAGAGCACCGACUCUGGCCCCGAUGUCGAAGACUGGGACAUCAUCGGCAGGGGCGAAGUCGUUGCUAACGAAGCCUACAUCUACCGACAAGUACAGUCAGCCCAGAAGAAGGGCUGCGUCUUAACAUAG